AUGUCCACACUGCCUAUAUCUAUCUCUCUUUAUCUAUCUAUCUAUCUAUCUAUCUAUCUAUCUAUCUAUCUAUCUAUCUAUCUAUCUGUCUCUCUCCCACCAUUCUCUCUCUCUCUCCCAUUCUGUUUAUUAUCUGUCUAUCUAUCUAUAUUUAUAAGAAAGAAAUAUUUAAGCCACCGUGUUUAUCUAUCUAUCUAUCUAUCUAUCUAUCUAUCUAUCUAUCUAUCUAUCUAUCUAUCUGCUUGUUUGCUAUCUUUCUGUCUAUCUCAGCUUAUUUGUUAUCUAUCUAUCUAUCUAUCUAUCUAUCUAUCUAUCUAUCGAUUGAUCGAUCGAUGCAGUGUAGAUUCUAAUGUCCACACUGCCUAUAUCUAUCUAUCUAUCUAUCUAUCUAUCUAUCUAUCUAUCUAUCUUAGUCUCUUCAUAUGUGUACCUGUCUGCCAGUCUGUAUAUCUAUCUAUCUAUCUAUCUAUCUAUCUAUCUAUCUAUCUAUCUAUCUAUCUCUUUUUCUGA